GCCAGUCCCUGUAAGACGCACCUGGGACAUAUUUCCCCGAUCACACCAUCGUCCAUCGCUUAUCACUAUUACAUCUAUGGUCCAGAAUCAGCAAGGGAGGGAUGUCAAAAGGUGGAACUUUCAGAGAGCAAACUGGGCAGACUUCACCAAACAAGUUAGCAAACCAGGUGCUGACCAAACCAGGUGUACUUAAAGACCUGGUGCUUCAAGCUCAAGUGUUUAUAAGACUGUAGCAACAAUGUUCCACCUCUACAACAAGGAAGCAACCUGUAGGAGCAACAUCACGGUUGAUAACGCCCAGCUACAACUCGGGGAGGAGUGAACAGGAAGUGAAAGGAGGAGAGUGUGUACAGACGUCUACAUUUUGAAGAAACGGUCGGACAGUUUUUAGCUAAUGUUCUGGAGAAUUCCUCUGAAGGAAACUGAUCAACACCUGGAUCUACAAACACACCUGUAGAACCUGAAGAGAACCUGAGAUCAGAGAGCGAGAACCUUCACACACCUGAAAGUGAAAGUCUGAGUGUUGUAACAGGAAGGAGCAGCAGGGAAAGAAAAUGGCUUCUAAAUCUUUCUUAGUGGAGGAUCUCACCUGUCCUGUGUGUUUUGAGAUCUUCAGGGUUCCUGUGGUUCUGAACUGUAGCCACAGUGUGUGUAAAGAGUGUCUGCAGAAGUUCUGGGAGUCUAAAGGAUCCAGAGAGUGUCCAGUUUGUAGGAGAAGAUCUUCAAAUGAUCCGCCUCCAGUAAACCUGGCUCUGAAGAACCUGUGUGAGAACUUCUUACAGGAGAGAAGUGGGAGAACUUCAGCCGGUUCUGAGACACUCUGCACUCUGCACGGAGAGAACCUCCGGAUCUUCUGUCUGGAUCAUCAGCAGCCCGUGUGCUGGGUGUGUCAAACCUCGAGGAAACACACCGACCACAGAUUCCGCCCCAUUGAUGAAGCUGCAACCGACUGCAAGGAGGAGCUCAGAACUGCUCUGAAUCCCCUAAAGGAGAAACUGGAGAUCUUUAAAAAGUGUAAACUGAACUGGGAUCAGACUGCAGAUCAUAUAAAGACUCAGGCCCGACGCACAGAGAAGCAGAUUAAGAAGGACUUUAAGAAGCUUCACCAGUUUCUACGAGAUGAAGAGGCAGCCCGGAUCACUGCGCUGAGGGAGGAAGAGGAGCAGAAGAGUCAGAUGAUGAAGGAGAAGAUUGAGAAGAUGAGCAGAGAGAUAUCAGCACUAUCAGACACUAUCAGAGGCGUAGAAGAGGAGAUGGGAGCUGAAGACGUUCCAUUCCUACAGAACUAUAAGACCACAGUGGAAAGAACCCAGUGCACACUGCAGGAUCCAGAGAGCCAAUCAGGAGCUCUGCUCAACGUGGAGAAACAUCUGUCCAACCUGAAGUUCAGCGUCUGGAAGAAGAUGCAGGAGAUCCUUCAGUUUACUCCUGUAACUCUGGAUCUGAACUCUGCUGGUUCUAAUCUCAUCGUAUCUGAAGAUCUGAUCAGUGUGAGACUCAGUCCUGAUAAUCUGCAGGUUCCUGAUAAUCCAGAGAGAUUUGAUGAUUGGUACUGUGUUGUUGGAUCUGAGAGCUUUAACUCAGGAAUUCACUGCUGGGAUGUUGAAGUUGGAGAUGGUGAUCUCUGGGAUGAUGAACACUGGCGUGUGGGAGUGAUGUUAGAAUCUGCUGAGAGGAAGGGAAAUAUAUUCUCCAGGAGAGGAGUGUGGUAUCUGGAGUGUUGGGAUGGUGAAUAUGAAGUCUGUUCUUCACCACAGAAAUCCACUGGUCUCUCAGUAUCAGUGAAAGUGAGGAGGGUGAGAGUUGAGCUGGACUGGAACAGAGGAAAACUCUCAUUCUCUGAUCCUCUCACUAACACACACUUACACACCAUCACACACACUUUCACUGAGAGACUCGUUCCAUUCUUCAAUACCUCUAGCUCUCUAACUAUCAGUCCAGCUCAGGGGUGGGUUUCCCAAAAACGAUCAAUCUUAGCGAAUAACGAACGAACUAACGAAUGACGUGUGUAAAGAACGAGCCAGUUCUGCGAGUGUUUCCCAAAGAGCUUCGCAACGUGAAAAUUAACGAACGAGGUUAAAGAACGUCUUUGUUGACUCCUCCCCCGACACAGUGCGCUCAAUCGAUCCACAAAUAUCGAUUCAACGCUGCCAAUAUGCAGCAUUUAUUCACUAUGACACCCUAAAAACGUAGAAAUGUGUUGUAAUUAACAACAUUAUACUCCUAAAGAUACAUAUGACUAAAUAAAUAC